AUGUCAUCUUCUGCCCAUUUCAGUGCCCCCUCGACCAUUUCCGACAUCUCCAAUGUGAAUAAUUCACAGUCCACCCCAUCAGGAUUCGUUUCAGCCAGUCAAGAACAUAACCAUGCAGAACUCGCGCAUUAUGGCCACCCUCAGGCAUUUAACCAUACUACAGAGUUCGAAGCUUCACGUUCAUUUAGGCAGGGUCCGCUGCCUCAACUGUCCAACUCCCACCCCACACACCAUGGUUUCAGCCUUCCACCUCUCCACAUGUACACACCCAGAUCUAUGUACUCAAGUCACCCUGCCCCCAUGCCAAUUCAACCUGCCCCCAUGCUUCAUUCUACCUCAACUCAUGUCGGUCCUCACUCUACACCUCGACUCGACGAAAAACCAGCCUCGUCUGAUGAUGAGUUGGAACAACCGUUACUCCCGCCUCCAGCUAAAGGCAAAAAAUGUGCAUCAGCACCAUCAGGACAAGUGUCAAAGCCUCUUGCCAAGAAGGAGAAAACUGAGGUGCAGUCGAAAGGUGGCAAGGCCAAGGGGACGGCUAAGCCCAAGCUGGAGCCUGAUGGCAGCGAGGCCCCCAAAAAGGGACGCAAGGCUGGUGCCGCUGGAUACUCCGUUGAAGAAGUUGAGCGUCUUCUCAAGGAGAUCAAUAAGUGUAUCUCGCUUGGUGGUAAAGCAUGGGAUGCUGUUACUGUCAGUUAUAAUGAAUGGGCUCGAUGUAAUUGUGUUUCGGAGUGCUCGACUAAAGCUAUUCGAGCCAAGUAUGAUGCGAUCACUCAUAUUGAAAAACCAACUGGUGACGGCGAAUUGCCUGCUUAUGUUGAGCUCGCUCAUCAAAUUGAAGCAGCCAUUUCUCUCAAGGCAGGCACUAUUGCCUUGGAUGACUCAGAGUGGGAUGACGGGGCCAGUGAUGGCAAAAGUGAUACGGAGGUGAAAGAUGUUGUUGAAAUCUCCACUGAUGAUGACGAGGAACUGAAAAGUGUCAAAUCCAAGCACACUGGCUCAAAGAAAUCUGUCGUCAAGGCCUUUCGCGCAAAUCCUUUGCUUGAACCUGGCCUUCGACGUCCACGCACUACUGCUGCCUCAGAGGCACUCUCUUCACUCACAUCAGUCUUUAACCCUACAGUCAUGAAGGACCAUGACGAGAGCCGACUGUCACAGAUGGUUCAAUUUAACCAGAUCAACACCUUGCAGACUGAACUUCAUGAGGCUCGUCUGCGAAUUGAAGGUCUCAAUGACCGCCUGUUACAAGAGGCUCGCCAUGCUGACCAUGCUGAGAGCCAGGUUGAUAUGCUCAAGUAUAUGCUGUCAUCACGUGAUGAUUCACAGCCUUAUCAUACCCCUUCACGGUCUCACCAUUCACGGUCUCACUAUUCUCCACCUCGACGGCAGGCCCGUACUGAUGAUUCACGGCCUUUUUGUACCCCUACCCCUUCAUGGUCUCACUAUUCUCCACCUUGA